UUGAUAAUUUUAUAUUUGCACAAUAACAGCCAAAUGAUGUUUCAGCAAGAGAGGAAGGAUAGUGACUUACCAAUCUGGACUAGAAAAAUGUUGUCAGCCUGGAAAAUCCUUCCAAACUACUAUGUUGUCUAAGUUGACCCCAUGUAUGGUUUUGUCCAAAAAUUCACCAGAAAUUCAUUUCCAUAUUUACAGAAAGCAGUGAGUCGGUUUUUUCAAAGGGGACCGACAAAAUAUCAACAGAAGCAACUGACAGCAAGUGCUGAUUGCCUUCUGCGAGAAACACUUCUGUUUCCUUAAACGAGGAAAAGAGAACACCAUGGUUAACAUUGAGAUUUAUAUCGUUGGGAUUGUUUUCUGGACUGCAACUGCUGCACUAUCUGUGUUGGCGUUUAUAUCACUACGCUUGGAUUAUCUUCUCUCCGAAGGUGAAGAUAAAGUUGAGUGGAUAGAAAGAAAAUUGAAGUUACUAAAAGCUCUCUUAGAGGAUCAUAGUCAACUUGUGAAGAAACGAGAAGAAGCAGAAUCACGAGUCCGUUCUUUCUGGGAUAUAGAAAACUUGUCUGAAAUUCAUCAUCAGCUAAGUAUAGCUGAGAGUGAAUGGAUAGAAUCAACAAGAGAUGUUGUCAGUAAAGCAGAAGGUUGUGUCGCCGAGUACAAAAAACAAAGCCCGGGAUUGUUUUGGAGUGCUAUUACAGUUAUCUUUAGAUUGAUGACCAUUAAAGAUGUUCUCCGACAAAUAGAUGAUGUUGAAAAUGAGCUAACACUUAGUUUUGAAAAGAGAAAUGAAAAUGCCAAAUACAUCCAUAUGUCAAUGGAGAAAUCAAGGUCAAAGAGUAGAAGUCUUCUGGAUCAAUUUACAUUUGAAGAGGAGGAUAGAUCUGUAGCUAGAGAGGUCCACACAUCUGUAGCAGCUCAAAACCAAAUGCAGAAAAAGCCUUCAAUAAGUUUUGAUCAAUUGAUGAAUAAGAGCGUGGCAAUGGACCUAUUUUCUGGCAUGGAAGAGAGAUGGUCGAUAUACCUUCUACUUCCACUGCAUGCUUUCCUGAAGGAUUUGCGUCAGCUUCAGUUAAUAACAGAAACUGAAAAGCAAUGGAAAACAGUAGCUGGAGAAAUAAUUGAAGAUGCAGAGAUCUACAUUAGCAACUACUUAUGGUGGUUUGAAACUUUCGGCAUACUGAAGAAAUCCAAGAUGAACAUUCCAUUAAUUACAAAUCAUUUCAGAAAGGAUAUGAAGCUCAUUGUAACUGGGUUUGAGGAUCUUCUCAAGUACAACUUAACUUUCAUUGACAGAGCUGCAGAAAAGUCAACCUUCCACCCUAUUACAGAUGACAGAGAAAUUGCAUCAACCAUUGCAAGCAUUGAAAGCAAGCUGAGAGAUAUGGACACAAGCUCACAGCAAGUGGCUAAAGAGAACUUAAAGUGUGAUAAAUUGAAAGAAAUGCAUAAGCAGCUUAAGGAAGCAGAAAAAACAGAAGGGCGAAAUGCUUGUGUAAAGGAACUAAAGUCCAUCACUCAGAAGCUGGACAAUUUGCUGGACAAUUUUCAAGAAUGGAAUGUGACUGAACCUGUGGAAUAUCAAAGUGAGAUAGGAAAUGCUAUCAAUCUUCUUCAGAAUUUAAUAAAAACUUGCACCAUCAAAAGACAGGAGUCAACCAAAUUAGUUGGUUGUAAAAAAGAAGAGCAAGAUUUGGUCUCAAAGUUGACCUCAGGGAGUGGUAGUAAUCCUUCCGCACUUUCCAUUGUGGGGAUGAAAGGUGUGGGGAAGACAACUCUGGCAAAGGUAGUUUAUUACAACAAAGAUAUAGUCGAGCACUUCCCUGUCCGUGUCUGGGUGACAGUAACUGAAGGAGCAGUUAACAGAGCAAAAGCUCUGCUCAUGAAAAGGGAUGGGACUAAAGACCAGACAUUGUAUUUGAUCAAUGUAUGUGAUCAAUUGAAAGAGAAGCUAUGCCUUGUCGUUCUCGAUAAUGUCUCAAAAACAACAGAUUUAGAUAAGCUAUAUAGAUUAUUAUAUGGAUCUGGAUGGACAGAUGGGAGCAGGAUAGUGCUGACAACACGCUUUAAGGAUGUGGCUUUGCAUGCCAACAACAGUAGCACCCCUCACCAUAUUCGACUGCUAAUGAAGGAAGAGAGUUGGAUGUUAUUUCAGAAGGUGGCCAGCAGAAGGUUAGAACCAAAAGAGGAAAGUUUAGCAAAAAAGUUAGUGGGAAAAUGUGGGGGCUUACCAUUGGCCAUCUUAUCUCUUGGGUGUGUCAUAUCAGCGAAUGGUACAACUCCAACGAGUUUAUCAUGGGUGCUUGACCAAAUCAAUCAUGGCCAUUUCAAAAAAUAUUGGCUGCAACCAAAAGAUAACAGGGAAGAGUUGAGUAAUACUAUGAGGGACUGUCUCUAUUGCUUUACAAACUUCCCAUUAGACUAUGAAAUCCCAGCAAGGAGAUUAGUCAAUCUAUGGGUUGGAGAAGGAUUGGUACAACAAAACAACGGAAAGACACCUGAAGACACUGCAGAGAGUUAUCUAGAAGAGUUGAUAGACAGCAACAUGAUUCAAGUAGUGGCACUAAAGGGAAAUGGAAAGAUUAAGACAUGCCGCCUGCCGAGUAUGCUCAGAGAAAUCAUCUUGCAAAAUAACAACAGAACAAGCCAAAGUCGGUACUUGGGUACACAUUUAGAGCGGCGAAUUUCCUAUCAUUUUUACGAUCAUGGCCUUAAUGAAAACUCGGCCCAAGCUUUCAGCAAGAAAGGAACUCCCCUGUCUGUUCUUUUCUUUGACAAGCGAGAGGGAUGUAAACCAGGAGAACAUGUAGGUAAGAUCCUUUCAACGAGCAUUGCAGAUCAGCAGUUCCUAGAGACCAGAGUUCUUGAUCUUGAAUGCAUAUUCAGACCACAGUUGCCCAAGACUUUAAGUAAGCUCAAUAAUCUGAAGUAUCUUAGCUUAAGAUGGACUUACUUGGAGGAAUUACCCCCAUGCAUAUGCAAACUUCAGGAGCUGGAAACACUAGAUUUAAAGCAUACAUGUAUCAAUUACAUCCCUAGCUCAAUCUGGGAAUUGAAAAAACUGAAGAAAUUAUAUCUACCCCAAAAUUAUCGAAGUAAACUUGAGGGCAAGCCGAGGGGACACUUUAAUGAAAUUCUUCACAUACUAUGGGGUGUGUUCUUGUAUGGGAACUACCCUCUUCUUCAUUACCUUCACAAGCUGAAGAACCUUCAAAAAUUAAAAUUAGCUUUCCAAUUGAAAAUAUCAGAGCAAGAGACACUUGCAGAGAAGAUUGUGAAGCUUGAACAACUUCAUUCACUGACACUCAAAUCAGUGGAUGAAACUGGUGAUCCUAAAAAACUUAAAUGGAUUAAUAUGUCAAAGCUGGAUAAUCUCUCGUCCCUCCGUUUGUUUGGCAAAUUAGAAGACAAAAUUCGUACAAGCCUCCUUCCUAUAAAUCUCACUGAACUCACCUUGACAGCUUCACAGCUAUCAGUUGAUCCGAUGCCACAGUUGCAGAACCUGAAAAAGCUUAAGUCAUUGUGUUUUUAUGCUGACUCUUUUAUAGAGAAGAGGAUGGUUUGUACCUCAAGAGGCUUUGAACAACUUCAAGUGCUAAGAUUCUGGAAUUUGGAGAGGCUGGAAGAGUGGGAUGUUAAGGAAGGAGCAAUGCCUAGCCUCAUGGAAUUUGAAGCCCGGUCCUGCAUAAACUUCGCAUUUCCCAGUGGAUUGAAGCAUGUGAAGACUAUUCGAACGAUAAAGUUACGUAAAAUGAAUAAUCCAUUCGUGAAAAACAUGUGGUUAUAUCGUAAGAAGGCGUUAUUGGUUAAUGUUGAGAUUAAUUAAGCUUGAUGGAUACUCAUUCUGGAUCAAAGCCUUCGAUUUCAAAGAGAACAAGACAGACAAGAAAUGUCGAGGGUGUUGGUGAAUUAAUAUUUUCAGUUUUCAAAGUAGCUCCAUGUUCCUUCUCAAACUGUCAAAAUAAGUGAAGGCCUUUUAAGUUAUGACUUUAUGAAGGCUCUCCAUGUAAGAUGUUAUGUUAUAUUGUUAUUUUCACUUUGUUUUCUGUGUUGUCAGUAAUUGCAUUGUUGUUUUAGAACAAUGUUAAUUUACAUGUCUAAAUUGUUGUAAACAAUUGAUGGAACGAUUGUUGUGUUAUUGAAUAAUAGUGUGGGUAUUUCGCAAUGGUGUUUAUUUCUAAGACUAUUCCAUUGCAAACAAUUCAUUGAAGAGAAGGAAAACAGUCUUGUUAAACUUUAAAGUAA